AUGGGCGUGAGCUCGUUCUCGUCUCCCGUGGCUGUGGACUCACACUGCGAAGGGGGCGGAGCAUUUAAACAAAAACAGCCAGGAAUCCAGCGCCAACAUGGACGCCACGCUCACUCGCUCGCCUCGUGUAAAAGAACACGAGUCGAGCCGAAAUGGCCACCGAAGCGGCUCAGUAGCAGCGCUCGAGUGGGCGGGGCCAAUGGCAGAGUGGAGUCACAUGACCCGCGCAGAGCCAGGCUGAGCAAUUCCAAUAUGGUGGCCAGCUUGGCAGGUCUACUGUUCCUGUUGAUGAUAUUGUUGUUCUGCGGGAUCAGAUUCGGCGCCUGCAGCCAGGAAGCUCCGCAGGUCGUGGGGCUGCGACUGGAAGACCCCGGGGGUCUGGUGCGCAUGAAGGACCGAAUCAUCUCGGCGCCAGAAGGAGCCACGUUCCAGCUCCGUCUCUUUGGGGCUAAUCUGAAUGGAAGCUGGCCGUGGCCGUGGCUCGCGUUCGCUGGGGCGGCUGCGGGAGCCGGAGGGGCGGUCGGUGAUGCCGACCCGUGCAAAGAGGAGUUCAGUCGGCAGGAAGCCGCGUUUAAUGCAACGGAACCGUUCAAAGCGGACGGGCCGAACAGCGGGCUGCUGACGGUGGAGGUGAAGAAGCGUGGGAGCAUCUCCGCGGAUUUCUACCACCUGUGUGUGCAGAGCGAGGGGAUGUGGGCAUCAGUGGGCCCGGACAGACUACAAGUCUGUCCGGGAGAACCUUCGGUCCCUCCACGCCUGGAUAUGACCCCGACGACAGCCCCUCCAGCCCGGACCCCCACGGCAGUCCCCCCGUGGGGUCUGGCUCUCCUGGUGGUGCUGAUGCUGCUGACCUGCGGGCUGCUGAGGACCGUAAACUUGAGCCUGCUGUGGCUCGACCCCGUGGAGCUCUAUGUUCUCCACAGCUGCGGAUCCGAGGAGGAGAAGCGAGCCGCCAAGCGCCUGGAGCCUAUCAGGAGGAGAGGGAACUUCUUGACAUGCUCGCUGCUCUUCCUCUGCGUCUUGGGCCACUCCGUCCUCGGGGUGCUCCUGUACCGGGCGCUGGGCUGCAUAGUCUCGGCGGUGUUCACCAGCGGCUUUCUGAUCUUCUUCCUGGCUGAGCUGGUUCCUCACGUCCUGUGCUCCGGCUACGGCUUCCAGCUGGCGCCCGGGCUGACCUGGCUGGCCCAGGUCUGCAUGGUGCUCACCUGUCCCCUGUCCUGUCCGCUGGGGUUGAUUCUGGACCUGGGCCUGGGGAGAGACAUCAGCACCUGUGGGAUACGGGAGAGAGCCAUGGAGAUGAUCCGCGCCAGCGUCAAUGACCCUUACAGCGAGUUUGUGAAAGAGGAGUUCAGCCGCGGGAUGCUGCGCACCAAGACGGUGGAGGACAUCCUGACUCCCCUGAAGGACUGCUUCAUGCUGCCCAGCUCGACCGUCCUGGACUUCUCCACCAUGUCGGAGAUCAUGCAGAGCGGAUACACCAGGGUGCCUAUUUACGAGGAGGAGAGGUCCAACAUCGUGGAGAUCCUUUACGUGAAGGAUUUGGCGCUGGUGGACCCGGAGGACUGCACCCCCAUGACGACCAUCACCAAGUUCUACAACCACCCGCUGCACUACGUCUUCAACGACACCAAGCUGGACGCCAUGCUGGAGGAGUUCAAGAAAGGCAACUCUCACAUGGCCAUCGUCCAGAAGGUGAACAACGAGGGCGAGGGCGACCCGUUCUACGAGGUUCUGGGUCUGGUCACCCUGGAGGACGUCAUCGAGGAGAUCAUCAAGUCUGAGAUCCUGGACGAGUCCGACGGCUACUUGGACAGGAAGGUGAAGCGUCCGAUGGCUCCUCUGGAGAUCCCUCUGGAGCCUCGCGGCUCCCAUGAGGAGUUCUCCCUUUUCAAGCCUCCAGAGGGAGAGCCGAAGAUCCGCACAUCACCACAGCUCCUGCUGGCCACGCACCGCUUCCUGUCCAGAGAAGUGGAGCACUUCAGCCCGGCUCGUGUGUCUGAGAAGGUUCUGUUCCACCUGCUCCGCCACCCCAGCGUCAACCAGGAGGUCCACUUCGACCACAACAACCGGCUGAGCUCGAGUCACUACCUGUACACCCGCAACCACCCAGUGGACUACUUCAUCCUCCUGCUGCAGGGUCGUGUUGAGGUGGAAAUCGGCAAAGAGGGCCUGAAGUUUGAGAACGGAGCCUUCACUUACUACGGCGUGUCUGCUCUGACGCUGCCCUCUUCAGUUCACCAGUCUCCGGUGUCGACCCACCGGCACUCUCCCAGGGAUCCCUUUGAGUCAGCAGACGCCACCAGCCCGUCCAGCUACUGUCCCGACUACACAGUGCGAGCCCUCACUGACCUGCAGCUCAUACGGGUGACCCGUCUGCAGUACCUGAACGCCCUCAUGGCGUCGCGGGCGGGCCAGAGUCCAGAUCCUCCAGAGAUCAAGAUCCUGCCCAACAGUCAGACCAAGCUGCUCAACGACAGAAACGCCACACCAGAGUUUCCUGUAAACUUUUCGUUCUUUGAUACCAUUGAGAACUUCUGUUAGAGGGCUUUGUAUGCAUGAGGUAGCAGCAGAGCCCAGGAGAGCUCCACAGAAGAGGAGGCUCAUGGGUAGCACAGGAAACAUUUCUGGUUGGAUCGUAGUUAUUGGACCAGACUGGAAAGAGAGAGAGAGAGAAAGUGAUUUAUUUUGUUUUAUUUAUCUAGACCCACUAACUCACACGUCGCCAUUCCUUCAUGUGAUCUUUAGUGAUUAUUUUAUACAUGUAUGUACAUAUGUCUGUAUAAAUAUAAAUAUAGAGUGGAAAGAGAAGAUAUGUUACCUUAAUGGGAUUAUUUAGUUUUCUGCGUUAAUUGGUCCUAAAUGUGAUCUGAGCGUUUCCUGCUGCGUGCCGGAGACUGAACCCUUUGAUUCGACGAAGUUCCAGAGAACGGCUUCUUCUGCUUCCUCAAGUUGAUUCCAUGAACCUGCGCGUUCCCACGGAAACCUAAACCAUGGAGUCCCAUCACAUUCAGACCAAAAAAAAAAAAUUGGUGCAUUUAAAUGCAUUCGAAUAAGAAGAAACCCAGUCAGAAUGUCUGAGUUAGAGCCGUCAUUUGUCGGGAUUCCUUUGGAAUUAUGAAAAUAGUUGUUUCUGUCAUUGUAAAACGUGGAAAAGCAUCCCAAUUAUGUUUUUAUUUUUUUUUAUUUUUAUAUAUAUAUAUAUAGCUCAGAUCAGACAGUUGGCAUCCAAAGAUUCGUCAUUCUCUCUCUGUUCCUUUACUUCCACAGAGGGAACAACUAAACUCUGGUUUUUCAAAGCCAUUUUUGGGGUUAAUGAGGAAAAAUUCAGGUGGUUAUGAAUUCUGUCUUCCUGCAUACUGGACUCUGGAAUUUACCUCCUGUAGUAGUUUAUUGUCUGUGUGGUGUCCUGCCACUGGUCAGACCAUGUCCAGUCUCAGUGCUUCAACGGGGCGUUUCCAUCAAACAGGUUCUGCUGCUAAACUGGGCGAAGUUUGCUAAACAGGAAUUAGCUUAGCUCAGCGAUUUGUGUCGAAGAGCGGAGGAGUUGGAGGGAAGUGAGUUUGGCGGGUCGAAAAUGUAAAGAGGAAAAGUUAGAAGAGAAAAUAAAUCAAUGUAUAAUUAACAAAAAAAGACUAUGUAAAGAAAAAAAUAUAUAUAUAUAUAGAAAAAAUUCCAGAAGUGGAUUAGAGCCACUAGGAAAAAAUAAUUCUUUUUUUUCUCAGAAAUUCUUUGUAAAUAAAGUCAGAAUAAUUUUUUUCUUUGAGAACAGCCCUGAUCCUCUUCUGUUGAAGAAAUAAAAUAAACAUAUUAAAUAAAUACACACUAUGAAAAAAAGUAAUGCAAUAAAAAAGAACUGAUAUGGUUGGAAAUAGAAAGGAUCAUUAAAUAAGUUUUGGUUAAAUUUAAUCUUUUGAAAAUAAUAACCUAAGAUUAAUUUGUUAUACUGUACCAUCAAAUGUAUUGAAAAAGUUCUUACUCUUUUUAUUUACAUGUAAAU